AUGGCGUUCUGGGUGGUCUUCGGCCACGCGUAUAUUCUGGUGCAGCCCGGAUUUUACCAUGCUUUGUACCAUAUGGCGGACUUCACCGAAGACCCGUCUUUCCAAUUGGUUCAGAAUGCCUUUCUAAGCGUGACCACCUUCUUUUACAUGAGCCUAACAAUUCCUGCGGCGGUUCUCAUAUUGGCAGUGUUCAUCCUGCCUCUCUUGGGAUCUGGCCCCGCCGACGAAGACACCUACAUGCUAAUGAUCAACGGCUGUGUCAGGAACUGGUGGACCGUUCUGGUACACACCAACAACUUCAACCCGGACGGAGAAAUGUGCUUGUUACAUUUAUGGUACCUCAGCGUAGAUCUUCAGAUCUUCGUGUUUGUCGCCUUCCCACUGGGGUUGAUGCUUUUGAGGUACCCCAAGUCGGCUUGCUUGGCUGCGGUGGUCGUGGCAUUAGCCUUAAAUUGUCUAGUAAGCUCGCAAGUUUACUUGCACGACUUGUUCUACGGCUUCACUUCAGGAUCUAACGACGGAGAAAAGUUGGCGCGGACGAUGACGUACACGUACCUGCGGCCCUUCCCACAGGUCAGCUCUUACCUCACUGGAGUCUUGUGCGGCUAUAUCUCCGCCCAGCAUAAAAACGUGUCAUUGCACCCGAUCCUGCAAGCCGCUUUGUGGGUCACGUCGUUUGGUCUGGCUUGCUUCGUCAUGUUUGUGACCUAUGACUGGAACAAUGGUCACCUCCCGGGCGUCGUCGUGAGCGCACUGUACGCCGGUUUUCAUCGGCACCUGUGGUCGCUCGUGUUCGUUUGGCCCUUUUACGCAUGUGCAACCGGGCGUGGAGGUUUGUUUGUCAACUUACUUCGCUUCCUCAGUAAAUGCGGAAGUCUCGCAUACUGUUAA